GAUGAAUUAGCAAGGCUCACUGGUUAUCCGUCCUAUGCUCACAGAGCUCAAGAGAAUAGCUUGUUAGGUUCAUAUGAGAACGCUCACGAUUUUCUAUGGGGCGUCAUACAGGCUUGCCGGCCUGCCGCGGAGCGGGAGAUAGCUGUUCUAUUGGAUGUGCAAUCACAAUGCAGUUCAUUAUUUAGUGGUAUAGGCGAAUGGGACAUACAUUAUCUCACUCAGAUUUAUAAGGAACGUGCUUAUGGAAUCGAGCAUUAUGACGAGAUAAGCAAAUUUCUAAAUCUUGGAAAUUUGCUUAGCGGUCUUGCGAAUCUUCUAAACAAGCUGUAUGGAGUAAGAAUUGAGGAACGGCCAAUAGAACGAGGAGAAAUGUGGGAUGGUAACAUUAUAAAGUUGGAUGUCAAUAGUGCUGACGAUCAGUUUCUUGGGACUGUGUACCUAGAUAUUGAUAGGAGGCCCACGAAAGCUGUUGGUGAUUGUCACUUCACUGUACGAUGUUCAAAACAGUUGAAGGACAAUAGCUGGCAAACUCCAAUAGUGGUUUUAUCGUUGGCGAUUUGCGACCGAACUGAUGUUGACUGGAGAUCUGUCCCGAUUGAUAUGCAUCGGGCAGAAAAUGUUUUCCAUGAAAUGGGUCAUGCGAUGCAUAGUAUGUUAGGAAGGACACGGUAUCAACACGUUGCAGGCACGCGAUGUCCACAGGACUUUUCUGAAAUUCCGUCUAUACUAAUGGAAUACUUCUUCAACGAUCUAACGGUUCUACAAUCUGUCCUUCGUAACUCUGAUGGUGAAUGUGUGCGCAUUGAAGACGCAGCGUCCAUGAUAGCAUCAAGAUUUGCUUUCUCAUCAUUGGAAAUCAUGCAACAGGCCUCAUAUGCACUGUUUGAUUUGGAACUACAUGCACCUGAUGCAACGAAACUUCUUCGUGAAGGUCGCAUCACUACGACGGAUCUCUUCCAUUCUAUAAUUACCAAGGCUCUGCCGCACUUGGAUCGUCAGGCAGAUUCAGCUUUUCAACAUCGGUUUCACCACCUGGUACAAUAUGGCGCCAAAUAUUACUCGUACAUGGUAGCAAGGUCCGCUGCUAGCCUAAUAUGGAACUCGAAGUUCAGAGACUCGCCGUUCAGCAGAACUGAAGGGGAGAAGUGGAUGAAGGUCCAGUCUCAUGGUGGAGGGUUGCCCUCGGCAGUUUUACUGGAAACUAUGUUGGGUUAUUCUCCAACUUCCAUGCAUUUUAUUGACGCGCUCAAAAAGGAGACCUCUCAUCUUGCGAAUCUCGGUGCUGUAAAUGUUUAA